AUGGAUCAUCCCCGGCCCCCGAUGCGCGACUCGUGGUUUGUGCCGCUCUCAAUAGAUGUGCUCCUGAAGGUGUUAAACGUCACAAUUCUACAUCCUUUUGUAGCAUGGAUCAUCCCGCUAUGCUUUCGCGCCGAACACCAGGCCUGGGACACGCGGCCGAUGGUAGUCAGUAUGAUCUGGGCGACGUUUGUUACGCUCCUGUGGAUGGGGAACGUCAUCAGCCAUAAGAUCGCAUACGGAUUACAUCGAGAGGUAGACCUAAGCGAGGAAGUCAUUGUCAUAACGGGAGGGGCAAGUGGCCUCGGGCUGUUGAUAGCAGAAGUCUACGGCAUGAGGGGCGCUACGGUCGCCAUUCUGGACACUGCCGACCUGCAGAGCACCGACGCUCGCGGCAUCACACAUUACAAAUGCGAUGUGACGGACAAGGCGCGAAUCGCCCAAGUUGCUGCUGAGAUAGAGCGCGACCUUGGAACACCAUCCGUUUUGAUCAACAACGCCGCCAUGGUCGUCGGCAAAAAGCUGCUUGACAUGGACAUGGAGGAAGUUGAGAAGAGCCUCACCACCAAUCUCAUGUCGCACUUCUAUACGAUCAAGACCUUCCUCCCCGGCAUGAUCCGCAACGAAGCAGGCGGCACCAUCGUCACACUCUCGAGCGUCAUCGGUCAUCUCGGCGCCGCUCAGCUCACCGACUACGCUGCCGCCAAGGCCGGGGUGACGGCCCUGCACAAGUCCCUUGCCGCCGAGCUGCAAGAGUACCCGGAGAUCAAGACGAUCCUUGUCACCCCGGGCCAGCUCAGCACCCCUCUCUUCCGCGGCGUCCGGACCCCCAACACGUUCAUCGCUCCCAUUGUCGAGCCCAUAGACGUGGCCAAGGAGAUCAUCAAGGGCAUCGACCUUGGCCUGAGCGACCAUAUCGCCAUGCCCCUAUACGCCCGGUGGGUCGACUGGUACAAUGUGCUACCUGUUGGUCUUCAGAAGAUCGCCCGGAGGGUUGCCGGCGUGGACGGGAGCAUGGAUACGUUCGUUGGCCGGGAUGGCAGCGACUUGAGCGAGAAAAAUGGCACCUUGAUAUGA